AUGAAGAACCCGAUGCUGGAGGUGGUUUCUCUGCUGCUGGAGAAGCUGCUCCUCAUCUCCAAACUCUUCAGUUCGGGCUCCGCGGGAGAAGACAACGGGAGGAAAAGACUGUAUGAAAUCAGCUCUUUCCUCCGCGGCGACGUGCUGGAGGUGCCCCGGACCCACCUGACUCACUAUGGCAUCUACCUGGGUGACAACCGUGUCGCUCACCUGAUGCCCGACAUCCUGUUGGCUCUGACCGACGACAAGGGGCGCACGCAGAAGGUAGUCUCCAACAAGCGUCUCAUUCUGGGCGUCAUUGUCAAGGUGGCCAGCAUCCGCGUGGACACGGUGGAAGACUUCGCCUAUGGAGCCGACAUCCUGGUCAACCACCUGGACGAGUCCUUGAAGAAGAAGGCGCUGCUCAACGAAGAAGUGGCGCGGAGGGCUGAGAAGCUCCUGGGCCUGACCUCCUACAGCCUACUGUGGGACAACUGCGAGCACUUCGUGACCUACUGCAGAUAUGGCACUCCCAUCAGCCCCCAGGCCGAUAAGUUUUGUGAGAAUGUGAAGAUAAUUAUUCGUGAUCAGAGAAGUGUUCUUGCUUCAGCACUCUUGGGAUUGGCCUCUAUAGUCUGUAUGGGCUUGGCGUCAUAUACUACCCUUCCUGCGAUUUUUAUUCCAUUCUUCCUAUGGAUGGCUGGCUAACUCCACAUCUCCGUGUCAGUGUGUGUAUUCUAUGUGUAAAUAUGUUUAUAGAGUACAAAUCAGUAUAAGCAUUUGUUGAGAAAAAUGUGACCUGUAACACUGUGUUCUGGAUAAAAAUGUGAUUAAGAAUCACGCAAAGUGCUUACUGUGUAAGCCCAAGAACAAAGGCUUUCUUUAUCAGGCAGUUCCAUUUUAAAGAACCAUCCAAACCUUGGAAACACGUAGCUUGUGAUAGAAUUCAGCAAUACAGGAAAAUCAGCCCUGAG